AUGGCAGACGGUAACGGGGUUUCCGACGACAGUUCUGAAGAGGCGGAGGACGACGAGGAAGAGGCAAAAAGGAUAAGAGAAGGUUUCAUUGUAGAUGAGGACGAGGACGAAGAUGAUGAAGAUGAUGAACGUCGCAGGCGAAGAAAGCGCCGUAAGAGAAAACAUCGACGACGAGCAGAAGAGGAAGAUGAAGUUUUAGAGGAAGACGAUCUCGAACUUCUGGAAGAAAACACUGGGACUUCUUUCAAAAACCGUCUGACGCGUCUCCGCCGUGGUCGUGAAUCAGGUUCUCCCCCAGCUGCAUCUUCGUCAAGGCGAAAAGCUGUGUUGGAAUCCUCGGACGAUGAUUUGGAUAAUGAUGACCUUGAUUUACCACAGGUACAUGAUAUCCAGCGUAUAUGGGAUGACGAGAGGGCAGGUGGUCGUGAGGAUGAAGAAGACUUGGACGAUAUGGACAACUUUAUUGAAUACGAGGACGAUGAGGAGGGCGCAGGAGCAAUGGACGAAGUUGAGCGAGAAGAGAGGAGGAGGGAAAGGCGGAGGCUUGAAAAGGAAAGACGUAGGGCUUUGGGCUCUCGACCGGAGUUAGAUGGGAUCGAUGCCAAUGCUUGGAGCGAAAUCCACGAAAUUUUCGGUGAUGGUCAUGAGUAUGAUUGGGCGUUGGUUGAUGAAGAGGCGGAGCAUGAGGAGGAACACUUGAAGCAUGAGAUGAAAUACCAGGAUGUUUUUGAACCGUCUGAGAUCCGUGCGCGUAUGUUGACAGAAGACGAUGAUCUGAUACGAGCCCAGGAUAUCCCUGAACGAAUGCAACUGGCAACAUCAUCUCUAUCCCAAUCCUCCACUUUGUCUCUCCAUACAACCAUCACGGAAACUGAUCUGGACGACGCGGCUAUGUGGGUUACAGUUCGCUUAUCAUCCAGAAAAACGCGAGACUUCUUCAGUCCAGAUGGUCCAUACAAUAAAUAUCGUGAACCUCUUGUCAUGGCGGUCUCCUACGCGUUAAGGUACCUGUUGAUUCAGGAGUUUGAGGUACCUUAUAUAUGGACGCACAAACGAGAUUACAUAACGUAUUUCAAUCCUCAAGAAAUGCGAACUCAAGUGGAGCUCAUCAGCCUUUCCGAACUUUGGCGCAUUUACACAUUAGGACAAAAAUAUCGAUCGCUGGUGGAAAGACGAAAUGCGCUUGCAUCUCUGUACGCUCGUCUCGGUGUAGAGGAUCAGUACUUCACUGAGCACAUACGAGCGAAAAUUGAUAGUGUCGAAGUGGUAGCAGAUGCAACCGAGUGGCUUGCGAUGAAGUACAAAGCUAAAAAGCAGGAUACAUAUGAUUUCCACUUUCAUGAUGACGAUGAGCAUCAUGAGACGAAGAAACGUAAAAUUCCUAGUCGCACAUCUGCUUAUGAGGUGGCAAAAAAGAGUGUCGUAUCAAAGUUGGCUGAUGGCUUUGGUAUUCGGCCUCACGAAAUAGCACAGAAUUUUAUGAAUGGUGAUCACGCGCAUUUUGUGGAUGAUCAAGAACUCAACCCCGUUGCUUACGCGGAGCAGUUCAUGGACCCAGAAGUCACCAACGAUCAGCCUCCUGAAGAACUUCUUCGCCGAGCCCGUAUGAUUCUCGCCACUGAAGUGGGCAAAGAUCCUCUGCUCAGACAAGAAAUGCGGAUGAUGUUCAAAAAUGAUGCUCAGAUAUCUGUCUUACCAACCGAAAGGGGAGUGAACAAAAUUGAUGAACAUCAUCCAUACUUUAAUUUCAAAUAUCUCUACCAUAAAAACAUCAAUCAGAUGCUGGACACAUCUCAGUUCCUACAUAUAAUUGCAGCCGAAGCAGAUCAUUUAGUUACUGUUUCUAUCUUCCUCCCCAGUGAAGCUAAAGCACAAUUUGAACGCAGACUCAACGAUGCAUUUGCUUCUGAUAGUUAUAGUGACACAGCAAAGUCAUGGAAUGAGGAACGCGCUCGAGUAGUACAAGAGACUAUGGAGAAUCAUCUUAUUCCUGUCGGCGUCAAAUGGGCUCGGGAAUGGGUGAGAGAGGAAGUGGAAGAUGCCCUUGCGAAUCGAUGCGGUGGCAUCCUUAAAGAUCGCAUUGAUGUAGCUCCAUUCAUCACGGCAGACAUGAGACCUGGUGAUACUGCAUCUGUCCUUGCAAUGUCAUGGGGAAAGGGUGAUCCGCAGAAAGAUGCCAUAACGGUUGUCUUUUUGGAUGAAGCAGGUCGGCUUCGAGAGCAUACUAAAAUCGAUAACUUGGUCGAUACGGAGACCCGCGACGAAUUCGUCGAUUUAUUACGAAGGCGUCGACCUGAUGUCAUCGCAAUUAGUGGUUUCAGUAUGGCCACGACCAAGUUAGCUCAGCGCGUCAAAGACAUCGUCCGAGGGAAGCCACAGGACGAAACGGCUGCACCAGACGGAUGGGGCGCCGAUCCCAAGGAUUCGAAUGAGCAAGCCUUCAACAUUCCUGUGAUCUAUGUUUCUGAUGAGGUGGCACGCAUAUAUCAACAUAGCAAGCGAGCUGGGGAGGAGUACAGUGCAUUGUCUCCUAUAGCCAAGUAUUGUGUGGGACUAGCUCGAUACACCCAAAGCCCAAUGAACGAAUACGCUGCCCUCGGCGCCGAUAUCAGUGCUAUUAUGUUUGAGGAUGAGGAUCAACAUCUGAUCCCUAAAGAGAAGUUGUUAUUUGCGCUCGAGCGUGCUCUCGUUGAUGUUACCAACAAAGUUGGGGUUGAUAUCAAUCGUGCCGUCAAUGACUCGUACUACCAGAGCCUGCUUCCUUUCGUGUGCGGGCUUGGGCCAAGGAAAUCGCAGUCCUUGGUGCAGAAAAUUGCUGGAAUCGGAGGACAUCUCGUAAAUCGAGACCAAUUCAUCAAGGCAGGCUUGUUGACCACCAAUAUUUUCCUGAAUGCUUCUGGUUUCUUGCAUAUAUCCCAUGAUGCUGAACUGAAGCCCACGAAAAAUCGCCACAUUGAUGAUGACGUUCAGGAUCCCCUGGAUUCUACCCGCAUACAUCCAGAAGACUACGAGUUAGCCCGCAAGAUGGCUACAGAUGCCCUUGAACUAGAUGAGGAAGAUAUUCACGAUGAGCACCCAUCACAUGUCGUCUCUCUUAUCAUGCAGGACGACGACAACGAAAAGAAGCUCAACGAGCUCAAUCUCGUCGAGUUCGCCGUCAAUAUGUUUGAAGCCAAUGAAGAUCGCAAAAGACAUACUUUGAAUGACAUUCGCGAAGAACUUCUCAAGCCACUAUCAGAGCAACGUAAACCAUUCCCAACUCUUCAACCUUGGGAUAUAUUGACCAUGCUUAGUGGCGAGACUCGCCGCACAUUACGCAUGGGCCUUAUUGUUUCAGUCCUCGUCUUACGAGUAGUCAAGCAAGAUUUUGUGGUCGUUCGUCUUGAUUCAGGAGUAGAGGGGGUCAUCAACGUUGGGUAUAUGAGUGAUGAAGGGAAUAUAGCCCCCGCGAGUAUUGUCAAUAAGGGUCAAACUAUUCAAGGUGUCGUCGUUGAAGUCAAACUGGACCUGACCCAAGAUCAAUUCCUCGUCGAGUUGUCAGCUCGGCCUAAUGAUCUGGCAGCUGGUGACGGUCUUUUCCGAAAGGUCAAACAUGAUGAGAUGUGGAAUGUUCAGCAGCACGAGCGGGAUUCAGAAAUGCAGGCACGGAAAAAACGAGCGAAGGUAGAUCAAACAAGGCGGGUCAUCAAACAUCCCAAUUUCCAUAAUUUCAAUGCCAAUCAAGCCGAGAACUACCUGGACAAGCAACAAAGGGGUGACGUAGUCAUCAGACCAUCUUCCAAAGGUGCCGAUCAUCUUGCUGUGACAUGGAAAGUGGACGAAAAGCUUUACCAGCAUAUUGACGUGACAGAAAUCAACAUAGACCCCACCGGACAAGGCGUUGGUGGCCUGCUUGUUGUUGAUGAAAAGCAUCAAUAUGCUGAUCUCGACGAGCUUAUCGUCAAUCAUGUACAAGCAACAGCGCGCCGCGUAGAAGAACUCAUGGCUCAUGAAAAAUUCAAGCAUGGGUCUGAAGACGAACUACAUUCAUUCUUGAAGAAUUUUGUUAUGGCUAAUCCCGCCAAAAGUAUAUAUGGUUUUACCCUAAACCGCAGGAAGCCUGGCCAUUUCAGCUUAUGUUUCCUAGCCAACAAAGGUUCUACUGUUCAGACAUGGCCCGUUCGUGUUGCCCCGGAAGCAUAUUAUCUUUUUGAGGCGACUGCUGCUGGAGUUCCUGAGCUAUGCGAUGCUUUCAAAGUGAGGUAA